GGAGAAGAGAGAAAGGGAGGAGAACAUAUUUUGUUUCCCCUCUUAUAGGGAGUGGUGUGCACGUUAAGUAAACGAAAGCAGUAUUAGGCGUAGCGCGUAGAGUAGAGGCCUGCACUUGCUGAGGGUCGGUCGCUUUGCAUAGCCUGUGAUGGGCUACGGUAUCUAUGAAGGUCAACGUAGGCUGCCACCGUAUGGUCUAUAAACAUAGAUACUGUACGUAACCACCACUAGCACUUGCUUAAGUACGUGGAUCUCCGGUGAAUAUCUAUAACCGGGAGGCGACAAAAAGGAGCACUCUGGACUACCACGACACCAAACAUCAUCCCUGCGCGCUACUGGUGUUCAACUUGGGCAUAUCCAAAAGCUUUUUAAGGACGGCGGAAAGUCGACUCGUGUCUUUAAUCAACACUCUCCAUUUGCUCCUAAUGCGGAGGUGAGGCGGCUGGAAAGAACGGAGAGAGGAGUGACGAGCGAGCAAAAAGUUUCGCGCAAACCAGGUGGCCGGAACUCUGAAUGGUUCGUCUCAGACUAUAGGGCUCCUUACCGGCCCGGUUUAAGAUGCCUGUGUUCAGUGCUUGCGCUCUGAACGCAGUUUUGAUCAAAGACAAACCGGGGUAAUAGAUAAAUACUCCAGGGACCGCGAGACGAGGCACACUCACACACAUAAAGAGCGCGGCACAGCGCAAGAGCCCUGAAGGACAGCGCCAGGCAGUGGAGAAACAACUUCAUCAACUAUAGAGACGAGAGAACCGUUGCGAGGGAGUUAAUAAAAGUUGAGGACCUUCAUUAAUUCUUCCACCCACACGCCCGCUCCAGACCGUGCUAUAAGAGCAUGGGUAACUAGCGCCGCGAGGAGCCUGCUCGUGUCAGAGCGCAGCACGGCGCAGCUUGGGAGCGGGAUAGGAACCUGUUCGGGACAGCUUGUGUAUUGGCUAGACGACGAACGCUGUGUAUUUGUGUGCCCAUUUGAAGCCGAGUGUGUAUGUGUAUGUGUAGUUGAAGCUGAGUGUGUAUGUGUGUGUGUGUAGUUGAAGCGCAUUAAAGUGUAUAAUCCUGGAACACGCAGCAGAAGGUCCACUUCUGUUCAUCUGUACCCUGCAGAACACAGGACCAGUGAGAGAGGCGUAAGCGCGGGACGCGCUCCCUGGGAAGGAGCUAUGAGCACGCCGCGUGCCCCUGUCCUGCUUGCGCUAUUCGUGAUACUGUUGACCGCAGGGUAUUGCAAAAAAAGUGCCCUACGCGUUGUCCCCGGGACGAGCGCUGUCGCGGACGGGCGCAGCUUGAUUGAACUCAUCAUGGACAAAGUGCGGUUGGCACGAGACAGUCAAGGAGACGGACACAUGGAAUAUCCCGUUAAAAAAAUGAACUCUUCAUUCGAGGUGAAAGAAAACAACGACGUGAACAAAUCCCGUCACAUAAUAGAGGUAUUUCCCAGAGACCUGGGACAGAAGGAGAAAAUUAUCAAACACUUCACAGGGCCUCUCUACAUCAGUCCAAAGUGUAGGAAACACUUUUAUAGACUCUACCACAACACCAGAGACUGCAAUAUGCCUACCUAUUAUAAGAGGUGUGCUCGUCUUCUCAUUAGGUUAGCUGGCAGCCAGAGAUGUAUAGAGAGGUAGACUCACCAGGUCUAUGAUUUCAACAGUAAGCAUGAAAGAGAGAAGUGCCUUGAACACACAGAAGGACAGGAGCAGACUGAUAGCCUGACUCGUUCAGGACCACAGUAGGAUUUUAAGGAACUCUAAAGUGGAUCUUCCACACACUCGCCAGUGUCAACUGCAGCCAACAAGCAAACUCUACUGUACAAUACUCUGUUGUAUCCCACUAUACUCUACUCUAUUCUGUUCUGUUGUGGUCUAUUAUUAUUCUGCUUUACACUGCCGAGUGGACUCAAAUGGUGCAAAUGAAGACUUGUUGGACAGCUGCCAAAAGAAACUGCUAGAUGGAUGUCAUAGAUACGUGGAUGACAUCUUAGAGACUCGGGUGGCGUCUUAG